AUGGCCAAAUACCGAUGGAGUGUGGUCUGGAAGAACAUGGUCCAGAAUCUGCCGUGGGCCUUAGCACCAGCAUUGACCUUCGUCGUCUAUGCUGCUGAAGGAAAGGACCUGGACAUUGCUAAGGCUUUCAGCAGUAUGUCAAUAAUCACCCUCCUGACUAAUCCUGCUUCUAAGUUUUUAAGCACAAUUCCCUCCAUAGCGGCUGCGACAGGAUCAUUUGAUAGGAUACAAGCUUUCCUUCUACUGAAAGCCAGUCCUCAACAUAUGAAGGAGGGUUUUGUUCACUGCAACCAGUUGAAAUUUGAUACACUACCUCAAAUUGUCGAAGCACAAUACCUGACUUUCAAGGGCUCACCAGACAUUCAAAAACCUGUUAUCUCCAUGGAGUGUCUCGGGAUUCGCCCAUCUUCGUCAGCAAAAACUGUUUUAAAAGAUAUCAAUUUAGAAGUCCCUCUUGGGUCACUGGUUAUUAUCCGAGGGCAAGCUGGAUCCGGCAAAUCGACUCUGCUUCGGGCUAUACUUGGCCAAGCUUUCUGUGAGACAGGCUUCAUGAAAACUACCAUUCGAAACCCAGCCUUCUGUGCGCAAACACCAUGGGUUCCAAGUGGCACUAUCCGUGAUGCAGUUUGUGGAGCCUUUUCAUCGGGCCCAUUAAAUGAGGGCGCAUUCGACAAAAAGUGGUACGCGACUUUUCUUCACGCCUGUGAUCUUAAUUCAGACCUACAAACUCUUCGUGAGGGAGAUGCUACACAAAUUGCACACGGAUCCAGCUAUAUGCUCAGUAGUGGCCAAAUACAUCGCAUUGCUCUUGCUCGAGCAAUAUACGCUCGCAGGAAACUUUUGCUAUUGGACGACAUAUUCAGUGCACUGGACAGGAAAACCAGGACUACUAUCACAUCGCGUCUUUUCGGGACCGGUGGACCGCUCCGCAAAGCAGAUUUGACUGUAGUCCUAAGCUAUGUUCUUUCGGAUAGAGGUAUUUGCCAGGAAGAGCUCUACACAGGUAAUCACACAGGUAAUGUUUACCAAGCUGACCCCGUGGAAGCCGCAGGAUCGAAUGCACCCCAAGAGCUACCGAUUGAAGAUAAAGCCACCAUGAUCUCCAAGGCGAAUAAGAUCGAUGAUCUUAGGAGGGCAUCAGGUGACUUUGCUGUCUAUAAGUAUUAUCUGCGCUACACUCCCGCUAUUCUAGUCGGCCCCUAUACAAAGCUUAUAGCUAUUAUGGCUCGCAAGUUAUCGAUAUUGUUGCUGAUAAGUCCAGAUCUAUUUGCAUCAAUUGCCAGUGCUGCACUAAUUGCGACCGGAUCAAAAUAUAUGGCAAUAUCAGUACCUUUCCUGAUCAUUGCCGUCUUUCUAUUACAGCACAUCUAUCUGAAGAUAUCACGACAACUUCGACUACUGGAGCUAGAAAGUCGAAGUCCCUUGUACUCCCAUCUUCUUGAUACUCUUGAGGGUCUUGCUACAAUUCAAGCAUUUGGCUGGGAAACAGAAUUUCGAAUCGUCAAUUCCGCGCUUUUGGACGUUACCCAGUGCACAUACUAUACGCUUCAUUGCAUUCAGCGCUGGCUCACGUUAGUUUUGAAUCUAAUUUUCGCUGCAGAAGCAGUCAUUGUCGUCAGCUUAGCAGUUGGAAAGAGCUCUUUACUGUUGACAUUGCUUGGCAUGCUCAAUGUGACAUGCAGCUCAAUUUUGAUCGACAAUGUUGAUCUCGCCACUAUUUCCCCUGACAGAAUUCGAGAAAAAAUAGUCACUAUUCCACAAACACCACUCAUUAUGGUUGGCUGCACAGUGAGCGUCGAAAUAAAUGACACUCUAUCGCUGUCUCGAGGAGAACAGCAAUUGCUACAAUUUGCUCGGGCUUUAUCGAAGAUACAAGCAACGAAUGCUCGGAUCUUGUUGAUCGAUGAAGGCACCAGCAGCGUUGAUGCGGAAACUGAUGCUCGUGUGAAAGACCUUCUGCAACAGGAUCAGUUUCGUGCUUGCACGGUCCUUACAUUUGCACAUCGUGUCCACGGUCUUUUGAACUAUGAUGUAAUUGUUGGUCUCGAUGGAAAGAUCGUAGAGAUGGAUGAGCCCAUGGUCCUAAGUAAUCGGAAAGACAGCAUCUUUAACAGCCUUCUCAGCAGUUCUUAA